GCUCGAACGAAAGGCUUCCCGUGUGGCUCUCUCGACGGAAAGAGUGCGUUUGCUGUCUAUUUCUUUGAGUUCGUCGCCAAUUUCGUCUCAUCAGAUUCUGGGGCCGCUCAGCAAUGCGUGUUGCCCCGACAAUGCGUCGCGGCUCGUCGGCGUAUGCGUCCACCAUCUCUCCCCCCGACGCGGCACCCACACCCCCAUCAUCAUCAUCGUCAUCAAGAUCAUCGUCACAGCGCCCCGAUGACUCUGUCCAUGCCCACCCCCUCCCUGCCCCGCCCGUCGCACACGACGAUGAGGACAACAUCAGCAGCGGCCUCAACGAGACCGUCGAGGCAUUCCUCGAUGAGGAGGCAUCGGCCUCGCCAAGACGUGUCCGAAUCUCGGUCCACUCAUCGGCCACUGACGAGCUCACGAGCCCCUCCUCCCCCUCGUCUCCUUUGAAGCCUGGCGCCACGCUGCCGGCCUUCCCCUCGCCCACCGCCUCGCAGUCCCCCCGCAUGCAUCGCCGGUCAGUGUCAGCGGCGUCCAUUCACGUCAACACGAAUGUGCGGCAGAUCCGCUCCCCCAGACAGACAGACUCGUCCGAUGACGUCGACGAGCCCUUCGAGCGGGGCAUCAACAGGAUCCUACGCAGCGAGGCCGACCGGCGGGCGCCCGAGCUGCUGACGAGGGGCAUGUCGCGGGCCAUCCUCAGGGGCAUCAUCUACUCGUGCAACAGGGUCGCCAGGCGCGUGUGGCGGACCAGACGGCAGCAGGGGGCAGCGGGGUGGAAGGGCAGUCGGCCUAGCGUGCCUGCGUAUGAUGCGGUGCCGGUGCUGGGGACACAGGAGACACUCAUGGAAGAGGGUGCCUGGGAGGGCGGGGUGAGCGGACCGCCGAGGUUGGCAGUCACGUUCGCCUUCCGCAGCGUGUCCUUCGCCAUCCCGCGGCGCGGGAAGCCGCCCAAGCAGAUUUUGCAUCCUGUGUCGGGUGUCUUCCCUGCGGGCAGUGUCGUGGCUCUCAUGGGUAAGCCAAGCCAAGCGACAGAUUGGGUAGCAAGGGGCGAGGUGACCAUAGAUGAUGGGUGUGGGUGGUGUGUUGUGAUGUGAUGUGCAGGUCCGUCUGGGUCAGGCAAGUCGACGCUGCUGGUGAGGGAGGGAGCAAGACAGGGCGGGACGGGACCUCUUCACACACAACGUGUCUGUCUGUCUGUCUGUCUUUUCCUUUGCGGUGUUCGUUCAGGACAUCUUGGCAGGCAAGAAGAAGGGCGGCUUCGAGGGCAGUAUCUACGUCAACGGCGUCCCCAGAGACAAAUACUUCAGACGCAUCGCCGCAUACGUCCCACAGGUGAGUAUACCACCGGCCCACCCCCGCCCCAAUCCAUGCCGGCUUCUCAACGCUUCUCUCACCGUCCUUCUGUCUGUUCAUCCAUCGCAGGAUGACAUUUUGAAUCCGAAUGAGACAGUGCGUGAGGUGCUGGAGUUCGCGAGCAGCCUGACGCGCACCUAUGAGGAGCAAAAUGGCGUCAGCGGUGUGGAGCAGCGCCAAGAGGACCUCAUGAACCUCAUGGCCAUGCUCGGACUCACCGACGUCGCCGACUCGGUGAGACAGAAAGAGAGGGAAGCAAUGGGGUGGGUGGAUGCCUCCAACAUGUGUGUCUAUGUCGGUGUGUCUGUGGGCAGCGCAUUGGCAGUACAAUGAUGCGUGGCAUCUCUGGCGGUCAGCGGCGGCGGGUCACUCUGGGCAAGGCACUCGUGUCCGACGCCGCACUCGCCUUCUGCGACGAACCCACGUCAGGUCGGUGAGGAACUAGACAGACAAAGACAAAACACAUGUGCCGUCUUCGAUUCGUGUGUAUGUGUGUAUGCGUGUGUCAGGUUUGAGCGCUGCUGAUAGUGAGCUCGUGAUGCAGGCCAUACAGAACAUCGCCAAGGUACACACACACAUCCACACAACAACACACACACACACGACCAGUCCAUUAGUGUAUCGCCAUCUUUGUAUGUGUAUUGACUUCAGGUAGCGAGGGUGACCUUUUUCGUGGUGAUCCACCAGCCGCGUGUGGAGGUCUUCCAGCGGUUCGAUCACGUCAUGCUCCUCGCACAAGGACGCGUCGUCUUCUCGGGGCCCCCACACGCUGCCGCACCGUACUUUGAAAAGAAAGGUAUGUCGGUGAAGGAGACACACAGACACACAGACAGGCACGCGAAGCGAAGCACACCGACACAUGAAUGUUGCUUGGGUGUCUCAGGUUUCAUUCUCCCGCCACACACGAAUCCGGCCGACUUCUUCCUGGAUGUGUUGACGCCUGGCCGCGAUGGCGCCGCUCCCGACCUGCUCGCCCAGGAGUUCCGGGACAACGAGGCAGCCAAGAUGGAAAAAGUACGCGCAUCGGACGAGAGGGUAGAAGGCACGUAUUGACGCACCUGUGUGUGUGUAUGACUGUGUGAUGAUAUCAGGAGGUGUCUCAGUCGAUCGCCGGCGAGAUGGCUCGACACCCGAGGCUGUCAGAGCUGCUCGAGUGCCUCCCAAGGACCACGCGAGACAAACGGUGAGGACACACGCUGCCUGCAGGGAUGCACCCACCCACACACCGACCAUACCUCUGGACGUUUCUCCUCUGCGUGUGUGAGCUUGAUGAAUCCAUUUCACAGGUACGUCAAGUCGUCCCUGCAGCAGUUUGCCCACCUGACGCGUCGCGGGCUGACCCUGGCGCUGAGGGACCGGGAGACGGCCCUCACCAUCCUGUGCAACUGCAUCCUAACGGCACUGCUCAUCGGCGUGACCUUCUGGCAUGUGCGCAUCGACAGACCCGUGCUGUACCAUCUGUCAGCCGCCCUGAUGAUCAACAUGCCCAUCAAGCUGACGGCCCUGUCCAACGUGUCGCUGCUGAUCGAGCAGCGAGGUCAGUUCUUCACUGAGAGCAGCGACGGCUGGUACUCCCCCCUCCCCCACAUCGCGGCUCAGCUGCUGACGUCCAACAUAUUGCCGCUGGUGGGCAACACGCUGCUGUGUGUGAUAUGCUGGGCGUGUCUGGCCUUCGAGUGGCGGCACUUUCCCUUUUUUCUGCUCAUCAACCUGCUGGGCUACCUCGUGAGCGACGCGUGUGUCAACCUGGCGGCUGUGCUGUCGUCCAACGUGCCGAUGGCGGCGUCGCUGGGCGGCGUCAUGCUCGGCAUUCCCGGCAUAUUCAACGGAUUCAAUGCCAACCCACGGUGAGCAUGCACAGCAGACGACAGGGGACGAUGGAUGGGUGGGUGGGCGGGUGGAGGGAUCGAGAUGGACAUGUUUGUAAACUAACUAAGCGUGUCUCUCUCUGUGUGGUGUGUUGCAUCAUUCCAUCAGGUCUAUGCCUCGUUGGCUGGGGUGGAUUUGCUAUACGUCGCCCUUCUUCUACGUCUUCGAGGGGUGCGUCAUUGAGCUCUUCAACGACUACCAAUUCAAAGUGGUCGGUCAGCCAGACACACCGACAUCAUGUCUGUGACAAUGUUGGUGUUUCAGACUGACGAGUUUGGAAGCGCCGAGGCACUGUACUGUUUCUACGGCCUGGCGGGCCGCCACUCGUGCAACCCGGUCACCCCCAGCCAGGCGGCACUCCGCCUCCUGCUCGCCACCCAAUGCCCUCAGGUCGAAGCGUCGCUCCCAUACUCACUCGCAUCACUCAAUCGCACGGUGGCUGACGCAUCACUCCCAAUGAAUGCCACGGACUUCAGCAAUGAGGCACCGUUGAUCGAUGGCGGAUUCAACGAGACGACACUCAGCAGUGGGACCGGAGAGCUGCUGCACAAUGUGACUGCGUCUCUAUCUGGGGUCAUGAACACCACCGCGACAUUCGCCGGGCAGGCGGCAGCGUCGUUCUCGGGAGAUGUGUGUGGGGAAUUGGUGGCCAUGAUGGCGCGCGCGGUGGACGUCGGGAAGGGGGGCGGUGGCGGGAUGCCAGCCCAUGUGUACAAGUGGGUAGUGGACGCGGCUGUGUUGGCGGGUAUGUGGGUGGUCCUGAGGCUGCUUGUCGCCUUUUAUCAGUCGUUCUUUCUCAGAGUCAAGAGAUAGGGAAGAGAGAGAGAGCGUAUGUGUGUACAGUGAUUUUUCGUCGUGUAGUGUACAUACAUAUAUAUGAAGCGUCUGCGUGUACAGUCCACUUGUGUAUUUGUCACGAUGCAGACACCCACUUUUCCGUUGUCAUUGACUGACUUUUUCAAUCCAUUUGCAUGCAUG